AUGUUUACCGUUUCGAAACAAUUCACUGGUUUACGUUCGAUACCGUUCCGUUCGAUUACGAGUGACAUUCUUCGAAUUGGUUCCGUAACUCGUCCUGUACGACCUACGAACGAUCAAUCGUUGAUUCCAGUACUUUACUAUGAAAAAGCUCUUUUCCCACCGUCAUUCGUUCGUCAUUUGGAAUGGUUAAUGAAAAAAGACAAUCUCGGACAGGAUGCUUUACUAGUUGGUCCGCCGGGUCCAGCUCGUCGACGUCUAAUUCUCGCUUACCUCGAACUAACUCGUAAACCGUAUCAAUAUAUACAACUAACUCGAGACACGACCGACUCCGAUAUAAAGCAACGGCGAGAAAUUCAAAAUAAGACAGCUUUGUUCAUUAAUCAAGCAGCUGUGACUGCUGCGAUACAUGGUCAUACGCUUGUUCUUGAUGGUUUGGAAAAGACGGAACGGAAUGUUCUACCAAUUCUUAACAAUCUUCUAGAAAAUCGAGAAAUGAAUUUAGAUAACGGCCAAUUUCUUGUUUCCACUCAACGUUAUGAUGAACUAUUAAAAUUUUAUACCAAUGAACAAUUAGAGAAAUUGAAUUUUAUACGUGUACACGAAGAUUUUCGAGUCAUUGCGUUAACCCUACCACCCUUAGCAGAAUAUAAAGGAAAUAGUCUUGAUCCACCGUUGAGAUCACGGUUUCAGUUGCGGGAUAUUGGUAAUGAACCAUUAACAUUUUCUGAACAUGCCUCGCUUUUGAAUUCGCUUCAUCCUAACGUUGGAAAAGAAUUUAUUGAACAAUUGUUGUCUUUUGCGUCUUUAGUCAAUUCAACUGAUUUAGAAGCAUUGAAAUUGAUUCAUUUUCCGUACGAUCGUCUUGAUCUUGCCGUCCGUUUAGCAGAAUCAAUACCAAAUAUUUCUCUAGCUGAUUGUCUUCACCGUAUUUAUCCAUACGACAUCUUGUAUAGGAAUUCCAAGGAAUCCAAACAAGCGGUUGAGCAUAUGUUUAAAAAAUUAGCUCUGAAACGAUCAAAUGAGAACGCGUCGAAGAAAAUCCAUCAUAUCAAUCAGCGGGAAACACAAACAAUUGUUGAAUAUGAACUGAAUGGAAAACGAAAUCAAAUUACCGUACCUGCACACGAUCCCUCAUCAUCGAUAAUUCCGCCAACAUUCAUCAAAACGCCUUAUCAUGAUCAACUGCUGUUCGAUUUGAUAUUAAGCCAUUCGAGCGGAGAUAUUUGUCUUGUUGGUCCGAAAGGCUGUGGAAAGAGUUUGAUGGUCGAUCAUUUCGCGUCUGUACUCAAUUAUCCAGUCGAAUAUUUUGUCUUGUAUAAAGAUUUAUCAGCACGAGAGUUGCUUCAACAACGAAUUACAAAUGAGCAUGGCGAUACGCUAUGGCAAAAUACGCCACUAGUCGAAGCUGCUAUUCACGGUCGAUUACUUGUACUUGAUGGUAUACAUCGUUUGAAUAGUGAUACGUUAGUUUCGUUGCAACGACUUCUUCAAGAUCGAGAGCUCUUUCUACCUGAUGGCACUCGACUUCUUCGUCAUGAUCGGUACGAUCGUUUAGAAAAUCCAUCAAAAAAUCUUCGUCGAAUCCAUCCAUCUUUCCGUAUAGUUGCACUUGCCGAACCACCAACAACGACGAGUACUGGAUCCAGUGAGAGUUCGCCAUCAAAGUCUUCAAGUGAACAAAACUGGUUGAAUGCUGAAACAUUGAAUUUGUUUCUCUAUCAUGAAAUGCGCUCAUUAGACUUGUCCGAAGAACGUGAAAUUGUUUAUUCCUUACUAUCAUCUUCAAGUCGAUCGAUACCAGCGAUUGAACAUCUUCUUCAAUUCGUUCAUGACUUACGAAAUUCCUCGGAAACCCAAUUGAAAACGGUUGCCCGAUCAUUGUCCACCCGAAAUGUGCUACGUAUUGCUAAACAUUUAAAAGACCAAACUACGAACUACCAAGUUCCAUUGCGUGAACAAUUAAUUCGGCAAACAUCUGCACCAUUUCUUCCACGACUUGUUCAGGAUGCUUUCUUCGAAGCUUUAGCGAAAUCCGGUCUCGAAGACAAUCAACAACAGAUGGUUUCAUCAGAAAUUAAUUGGAAACAAUCGAUGAAAACCGAUCAGCAGUUGAAAACAUCGUUUGAAUAUGCUGCUAAAAUUCCAUUUACCGUUUUUUACGAAAAUCCAAUUCAUAGUGAAAUUAUUCAACAAAUGCAUAAAUCGUUCUUACUCGGUGAACAUUUACUUCUAAUUGGACCUCAAGGAGUUGCAAAGAAUCGAAUCGUCGAUCAUUAUCUUCAAACGCUGAAAUUACCUCGUGAAUAUAUUCAACUACAUCGUGAUACAACUGUCCAGAGUUUGACUAUUCAAGCGAAUAUCGUCGAUGGACGAGUCAUUUAUGAAGACAGUCCAUUAAUCAAAGCGAUUAAGGAAGGUUCGGUUGCAGUGAUCGAUGAAGCUGACAAAGCUCCAACAAAUGUCACUGGUAUUCUGAAAUCGCUUAUCGAAAGUGGUUCCAUGUUUCUUAGUGAUGGUCGUCGUGUUUAUCCGAAAGAGUUAGGACAUAUUUCAACUAUUCCGUCCAAUCUAAUCAUUCGUACCCAUCCAAAUUUUCGUAUGAUUGUUCUGGCAAAUCGACCCGGUUUUCCAUUUCUUGGCAAUGAUUUCUUCUUGAGUUUAGGCGAUCAUUUUUCAACAUUUCCUAUCCUCAAUCCUCCUCGUGAAAGUGAAAUCAUCCUUCUUCAAAAUUUUGCACCCAAACUCGAACGGCAAAAAAUCGAACAACUAGUUGAUGUGUUCACUGAAUUACGUCAGCUGUCCAUCGAUGGAAUCAUCUCAUAUCCAUACAGUUUACGUGAACUUGUUUCGAUAGUUAAACACUUGAACAUGUUUCCAAAUGAAUCACUAGCCGAUGUCGUUCGAAAUGUAUUUGAUUUAGAUAAUUAUAAUACGGAUGUGAUGGACAGAAUUCGAGGUAUUCUUCAUCGACAAGGAAUUCCGUUUCAUGUCCAAAAACGAACUGUUAAUUUAACAACAAGUCAUCCGUUGAAAGUCGUACUGAAUCGAGAAACAUGGUCGAUGAAAGUGUUUGAUGAACAAGACAUCGAACAAUUGUCAUCGUUGCCGAUUGUUUUCAGUGACAAGCCAACGAAACAGUCGGUGAAGAUGAUCAACUCAAUUAAUCGGAGUGAUUCGAGAACGCAGAAUUUCUCUGAAAUAACGUAUAAAUAUCGGCUACCAAUAGACGAAACAACAUACGUGCAUGAUUUGAACGCACUAAAGUCAAAUAACAAUAUUCUGGUAUUAACUGGAAAUCCACUUACACUAUGGUCAUUCAAGUUAGGAGAAAAUCAAGCCAAGAAAAUCGAUUUAAAUUCAGUUUUUGUCAACAGUACAAACCGAUUUUCCACACCAAACUAUCAACUUUGUGUCAUUCCUGGAAACGAGACACAAGUUGUUGUCGGCGAUUUGACCAGUCAAGCCUGGACAUUAGUCAAUUUAGAUGAUGGACAAUGUUCAUUGAUUCAGUCAUCCAUUGUUCCAUCGUCGCCUCUAACCCAAACCAUCUCACGUAAAUUUAAUGAAAUGCUCUCUCAACGAUCAACGCCAAUAUCCCGAUCGACAUACAAUCCAACUAACGGACAGCUUCUUCAGUACAUUUUCAAUCAAAACUGCAUACAUAUAAUCGAUUUUAUUAAGAAAACAUCUCGACAAAUCAAACUUCCCAUCUCUGUUCGUCAAGUCAUUCCAUUUGGUGAUCAAUGGAUACUUACCGAUCACACUCAACAGUCGUCGUCUUCAUAUCUUUUCAAUAGCAUGAAUGAACAAAAGCCAAGUUUGUCAAUGAUUGAACACCAUGUUGAUACGAUUGGUUUAGCCAGUAGUGGCGGACAUAUCAGUGAGAAUUCAUUAUGGUUUUCAAGUCUAUACGAUUAUCUGGCGAAGAUUGCCACAAAUGAUACGAAUCAGCUUACGAUCGAACGAUUUAAACGAUCGAAACCUAUAUCAACAGCCGACGCACCACCACAAGAAGUUAACGAGAAAAGACGACUACAAACAUUUAUGAAUAAACAACAUUCGUUAAUCGCUUCAUUCUUUGGAAAAAAUGAUAUCGAUAAAAAAUUUGUCAGUAAAGAUGAUAUUCCUGACUCGAUUAUCCUAAGCUACAUUGAAUUGCUCGAUUUAAAUCGCCACCUAAUUACGUAUAUUCCCAUUCUUCGUUCCCAAGACCCAAAUGCUCGUACAACAAUCUCUCAGCAUGAAUGGCAUAUGCAAACUAAAUCAAGUGCAGGCGUUCUUGCUACUCAAUGUGAUGAUGGAUCACUGAUAACAAUCGAUAGUCGUGCAAAUAUUCAUCAUUGGGAAAUAGUACCGACACAUUUACAAAUAUCAUUGGAUAAUUGGAGUAAACAAAAUCGUCGGUCGGGUGAGCAUAGUCUUGAUGUUGAAUAUAUGAAAGGUGGUAAAACGGAUCUAAGUGAGCCAAAACACGGUAAAGUUGAUCCUAAAAAUGAACCACACGUCGGUGGAAAUCAAUGGGCUGGUGGAACUGGUGGACGAGAUACUGCAGGACUUGGUGGUAUCGGUGGGCCAUAUCGAUUAGACGCGGGUCAUCAAGUGUAUCAAGUACCAGAUGAUGUUAAAGCAGCUGUGCCAGAGCAUAUCAGAAGGACAGCAAAAGAAUUAGGUCAGAAGGUGUUUAAAGAGCGCUUGAAAGGGAUUGAAAUGUCAGAAUACGAACAUGAAACUUAUGAGAAGUAUUUGAACAAAAUCUCGAGUGAAAUUAAAAUGCUGCGCUCAAUCAUCGAAUCCUUAGAAGCAAAGUCACACGAUCGACAAUGGGUGCGUCAUCGCACUACCGGUGAUUGGGAUGAGAGAAAAUUAAUCGAAGGCAUUAUUGGAGAAAAGUCCAUCUAUAAAUAUCGUGCUGAUGUUCCACCUGAACCUGGCAGUCCACAAACAAAAGCUAAACGUCUUCGUUUAGUCGUCGAUCUCUCUGCCUCCAUGUAUCGUUUCAAUGGUGUUGAUAAUCGUUUAGAACGACAAUGUGAAUGUGUUUUGAUGUUUCUUGAAUCCUUAGCUGGUUUUGAACAUAAAUUUGUCUAUGAUAUUAUCGGACAUUCUGGCGAUGAAUAUGCGAUCGAACUUGUCCGCAAAAACCAAGCACCGAAAAACAAUAAAGAGCGUUUGAAACUGCUUAAACUUAUGUAUACACAUACAAUGUUUUGUAGUUCGGGCGAUAAUACUUUUCCUGCAUUGAAGAAGGCCAUUGAAGAUCUACAAGCUGAACCGGAUGAUACCGUCGAUGAACGUUUUGUUAUCGUUAUAUCAGACGCCAAUUUUGAUCGAUACGGUUUAUCGCCGAAGAUUUUCGGAAAAAUGUUACAAUCAAACGAGAAUGUGCAAUGCUUUGCGAUGUUUAUUGGUUCGCUAGGACCACAAGCACUACAUUUACAACAGAAUUUACCAUCCGGAAAAGGCUUUGUCUGCUUAGAAACCAAUCAAAUACCCAAAGUAUUAAAGACUAUUUUCACUUCGGAUGUUUUGCAUUAA